GGCAUGGCUAUUUUUAUAAAGGACCAGAGGCACACAGCUAGUCUCCAAGUCCGAUUGCACCAGGCUGAUGAGCUGCAAACUGUCUACUGACCCUCUCUGAAUGUGGCUGCCGCUCUUCUCGCGCCUCACGCAUAUUCAUCUUGAUGAUCGACCAGCCGUUUGGCCUAGAGCACAUGGAGAGAGCCAAUUCCCGCUAAAAAGCCCCAUGGCGCAUCCGCCCGCUGAAGGAACCAUGGCCGCCUAUCGAGCGGCGGUCCCGUCUUUUGCACUCACUCACUCAUUACUGCUUUUUACAUGUCUUACUCAUAUCGUCUUAUUAGACGACUCUUGUGACCCCAUUGCGUCCCAACACGUCCCCCCUAGCCAUGAUGCUCCCCCCCAAUUUGUAGCUGCCAUUCUGCCUAUCCACUUGACAUGCUGGAACUCCUGCACCAUACGCUUCCCUGCAGCCAUUCGGCAUGAUCGCCAACCCUCACGCGUGCCUGGAUCAGCCCUAGUCAGCCAAUUGGAUCGAGUGGAGGUUCUGACACGUCUGCCGCCCCCCACCGACUCUUUGUGGCUGCUGCACGAUGAUGAGCAUUCGCCUGGACACGGUCACUCCAUCACUCUGUAAGCAGUGGAGAGGUGUAGAGAGCUGGACUGUACAGUUUGUCAUCGACCUUGGGGUUCGCACGCGGCUGAUGAGACGACAUCUGACGACGCAGGUCAAGGGAACACGCGUUCUUUGAUGCAUACAUACAGUCUAGGUCCAAGUCCGCGAGAGCUGCAGAGGUACACCCGGCGUGCAUUGAUGCUCGUUCGUCCCAGAGUCUUUGAUGAGGCGAACCAUAUCCCCUCAUUGUCGGAUCCUAUACAUGCGAUACCUAGUCUGCUGGAAAGCCUUGAAUCUUGUACGAGAUGGAAUACAGCUACUCAG